AAGUGAGGCAGGAGGAAGCGGAGAGCAGGGCAGGUUUAACGGCACAUUGGUGAGGGGCUCGCGCUGCGGUUUGUUGUGAUUUAACUGGUUUUUAAUGAAAAUAAACUGAAAACGGGGAUUAAAGCGAGACUCAGAGGCCCGCGAGCUGCUGCACGCUCCCCCGCCGCGCGCUCUUCGCUGAGUCUGGAGGGGAAAUAUGAGUGUGAGGUAAAAGAUUACAGUCACUAAUGUGCAGGCUGUACUGUGCCUAUACAAGAUGCCUGAGGUGCUAACACCUCUCCCAUCCUUGUAUUCCUCCUGAAUGAAGUGCAAGGGAGGGACAAUGUAGGUUAAUUCCACUGCUUACACUCCUCACAUACCUAACGCUGCUGGCUGUCUCCACUGAUGACACUUCCACUGUAGUGUUGAGUCAUGGAGCCCUCUCAGACCUAAUCGAAGAAUGAAGUGGUUUGGAGGUGAUUUGAUUUGAGGUGUUUUCUGGUCGUUGGUUGUAUUAAAGCAGUCCCUGUCCAUCGAACAAACACAACGGCACAAUGUCACUAGCAGAGCAGUCGCAGAAGUGGUUCCCCACCCACGUCCAAGUGACGGUCCUUCAGGCGGCAGAGCUCCAGUCGAAGGGCAAGAACGGCACCAACGAUGCCUACACCAUCAUUCAGCUGGGGAAGGAGAAGUACUCCACCUCAGUGGCGGAGAAGACCCUGAGUCCGGUAUGGAGGGAGGAGGCCUCGUUCGAGCUGCCGGGCCUGCUGCUGGAGGGCAACCCUGAGAUCUAUGAACUGUGUCUCGUAGUCAUGCACCGGUCCCUGGUCGGGAUGGACAAGUUCCUGGGCCAGAAGAUUAUCAGCCUUAAUGAAAUCUUCGAUAAUAAAGAGCGAAGAAAAAUCAACUGGUACACUCUGGACUCUCGCCCUGGUAAGAAGAGGAAAGAGAGAGGGAAGAUCCAGGUCAGCGUCCAGUUCAUGAGGAACAACAUGACGGCCAGCAUGUUCGACCUCUCCAUGCGGGACAAGCCGCGCUCGCCUUUCUCCAAGCUGAAGGACAAGGUGAAGGGCCGCAAACACGACGGUGCCUUCUCCGACACCUCCUCCGCCAUCCUGCCCCGCUCAGCGCAGUGCGACACCGACCCUCAGCUCCCCCAGGGCCUGUCCAACCAGCACCCGCACCUCUCCAGCGGCCCGGCGGAGCCCAAACCCAAACGCUCCCUCCUCGCCGGCACUCAGAAACUCUCCGCUGCUCACUCCAUGUCUGACCUGAUCGGAACCCACUUCAGACCCAAGCUCGACUCCAUGAACUCCAUAGAAGAGAUCGAUGGAGCAGGGCCGCACAGGCGCUCUCAGAGCGAGGUGCCGGGGUAUCAGGACAGCGAGACGGUGAGUGACCCGUUCACAGAUAUCGGUGACCACAUGCCGCAGAAGUACGCCACGCUUCCACGCAAGGGCAACCCCUUCGUUGGAGACUGGGAGCGGGCGGAACGGAAGGAGAAGAAGGAGAAGUUCAGCCUGCUGGAGAGAGUGACGGGAAAGAAAGAAGGACGGAAGGCGAGUAACGGAGGACGCUCGGGCAGUUCAGGAGACCUCCGAUCCCCCAACCCGUUCACCUCAGAAUCCUCCAGUGACGCCAACCCAUUCCUUCAACACUACACACCCAGUGAUAACACAAAAAAGCCCAUCAGUAAUGAAGACCUGAGCCAGAAGAAGAAGUUCUCCCCAGAGAGGAAGCAGGGCAAGAAGAACACAAGAGAAUCUGAGGCUGAGCAGCUCCAGACCAGCAUGGCGGUGUACAGCGGCCUCUCGUUCGAGGAGGUGGUGCAGGAGCUGAUGAAGCAGAAGGAGGUGGUCAGGAAGAAGGACGCCCACAUCCGCGAGCUUGAGGACUACAUCGACAACCUGCUGGUCAGAGUGAUGGAGGAGACGCCCAGCAUCCUGCGGACGCCAUACGAGCCCAAGAGGAAAGCAGGCAAAAUCUCCAAGAAGUAGAGGUGAACUUCUCCAUCACGCCACCAGAGCGCAGAUUUGUGGCCUCGGAACAAGUUUACAGAUCUUGCAGAUUGAGUUUACAUGCGAUCAGAACAUUUUUGACAGCUUGAGAUUGUCAGUGACUUUAAAAAAAAAAAAAAAGAAGGUUUGGAAGUUAUGGAAUGAAGGAUUCAGGACUCUACUGAUGUGUGUCGAUGCCAAACACACUUCUAAAAGGUAUGUAGGUUUUGGUGAAGUGCAUAUACACAUAUGGUUACAGUUUAUUUCAGGUAAACUGUAAUCGGAAAACGAACAAAUUUAAAAUUAAAAUACACAAACUUUUUCUUUUUUUUUUUCUUGUGCAAGGAGACCAACAAUGUUGUGAUCGGAAAACAGACUGUGGUGUAUUACGUACAGCAACAAAAAAAGAAAAAGAAAAAAGUGAACAAACAUUUUAACUCUUUGAAUUGACUAUUCCACUGUAUUGACUUGAUUGUCUUGGUUUUAUAAUGCACUUCAGUUCAGCACCGCACUCAUUCUUAUACUCAUACUCAACACAUAUAGUGUUGUUGCUGUCAGAGUUUGGCCGUUACGUGGCCUCUAUAGACUGGUACGUGGCAGAGCAGACAAAGAGCGGCCACUUUUCCACUGCAGGGCCCAAAUGGCUACUGAAGCUGUGGUGCACCAUUUAGCACCGAUGCAGACCUGUUAAGGGAAUGUGUGGGCAGCUCAGCGGACCAAUCAGAGCAGCUGCUGUCUGCCUUUCGCAAUCUGUAGUAACGUUCCUGGGGAGGUGCUCUUCAGGUUAUGCUGUAGGUUUGAUGCAGACGUAUAAAUGAUGCAGGCCUUUAGCCUGGUUGCUGUUUUAAUUUAUUUUCCAUUUGCUGUGUUGCUUAAUUAGAAGAAAGAAGCGUUCUUGGUCUCGUCAUCAGUUGUCAAUGGAUGUGUCUGGUGCUUAAGGCACACAGCAUAUUAGCUAACUCAAACUGAAAUGGAGAACUGUGUGUAAUGAAAGCAACUAGACCCAGCCCAAUCCUGUGCACGUUCUGCCCCCCCCAUCAUAACGAGCCCAAGCCGAUUUAAACACGACAUUUUUUUUAGAAAGUAGAGCUUUUUUUUAAAAAAAAAAGAUCAAACUCUGUUCAGAAUGAUGAUAAUUAACAUUGCAACACUGAAGAAGCAUAGACCUGUUAAUCAAGAAAAAUGUUUAUUAAGAACAGUGCUUUAGGAUGCGAUGGCGAUGGGGCUCAUCUAACAUCGCUAAUGCGGCGUUAGCAUACUGGCGACCAGGCUCCUCGAACAUAACAGUAACUUCAUCAGUGUUAGUAUGCUAGCGACUGGGCUCAUCCAAUACCAGCCCAGCCUGGCAAGCCAAUAGGCAGAUCCCUUGGUCUUUAAACCCUCCCACUAAAUGGUUCUAUGCUGUGGCACCUAGUAUGGUUAGCUGACCGCGCCCAACUGUGUCCGAGCCCAUGCUCAGAAUCAUUCAGCCCUGCAGUGGAAAAGCGUCCAAAGAGAGAUGCGCUCUUGUCUCUACGGAGCGUGCUCAGUUGGUACUGUGUAUAAUAGCCGUGUGUAGUGUUUACUGGAAGUCUGAGGAGCAGUGAGGAAAGCAGAGUGCAGUUUACUGUGAGCCCGCGGCCGUGAGCUGAUUGGACACAGGGUACCUACACUGACCCCCUGCUAGUGCAAGUGUUUUUACACUGAGCUAUGAGACAAAACUAGAGACGAGCUCAAACUAUUAUCAUACUAGACUGUCAUCAUGGCGUCCAUCAUAUGGAGGCCGGAUGGUAGUAGUCCUGUUCUUCUGUCAGUGUCUCACGACUCACGAGUUACGGAAUGUUUUACUGAAUGUUUUUUAUAUCACUACUGUCGCUUAAUGGUGAGUGUUUGAGUGAGUGAGCUGGUACUAGAAUGCGAUUGGCAUGGUUUGGUUCAUUUUGAGGAGAGGGUACUAGCAAAUUGGUACUUCACAUAAGAUGUGUCAAAAUAUGAUCAAUACAGCUGAUGAUAAGCACCUUGAUGUGGCUGAUAACGAUAUCAAUUUAAACCAUAAAUAUUAAGUUCAUAUCUAUGACAUGGUUAAACUUGACAUGAUGAACUCAUGAACUCAAUAUCAAAAUGCCAUAAACCUUUUUAAUAUAACCUUUUUUAAUGUAAGUUUUUUGCACUUGUUUUAGGUGUUUAUUACUAUUAUUUAUAUGGUGUGGCAAUUUUGUUACAUAUCAAAAUAUUAUUUUGAAAAGAUCCAUCAUAUCAGAAUUUGCUCAUUUGUCUUUUUUAUUUCUUAUUUAAAGGUCUCUAAUUAUAAUCUUUAUCGGAAACCACCUGCAACUCUCUGGGUUCAGCUAAUUAGAGUAAAGUUGGUAUAAAAAAAAAAAUAAAUAAAUAAAAUAAAAAAAAAAGGGGGGAGAAACUUAUGUCAUGCAAACCCAUAACAAAAUAAAAUAAUGGCUGGGCUUUACACAAAAUAUAAAUACGGAUGAAGUACACAUUCCCAAUCAGUUAUUUUUCUGAUAAUAAUAAAAAUAAAAAAAUAUUAAUAAUUUAUUCUUACUUCUAGUACUUACUUAUUUUUGAAUGUAGGUGUUUAUCCACUGGAGCUGUGCACAGUUACACUACUGAGUGUGUGUUUUUGAGGCAUAUUUAAGACAUCGUUGUUAAAUCGAAUUGAAAAGUUAGGUGAAAUAAAUGAUAAAACACAUUGCAAUGAUACUCAGAUACUCAGUUACUCAGUUUCCAAAUACCUGAUUCUGAAUGUUCCUCAGCUAAACCUGAACCUUCUCUGCUGGAUUGGAGUGUCAUCAGCACUAAGAAGUGAUUUGCACUAAUGGUUGAACAAAUCUAAUGAGAGCUCAUGCUGAUAUUACAGUGCAGAAAGGGCCAAUUUUUAAACUUUAAGAAUACUUUAAAAACUAUAAUUUUUUAGGAUUUGAUUUUUAGGCCACUCCCCCUCCUCAUUUUCUCCUCCUCGUUUGUUUUAUUAUUCUUUUUAAAUAACUAAAACAGUUAUUACAAUAUUUUGACCAACUUUUUUUAUUUAAUUUGUAGAACUAAUAUUUUAUUAUUAUUAUUAUUAUUAUUAUUAUUAUUAUUAUUAUUAUUAUUAUUAUUAUUAUUAUUAUUAUGACUAUUGAUUGACUUAUGAUUAUUACAUGACUAAAAACAUCACUUUCUUAAUCAUUUAAUCCAUUAAUAUGGAGCUGUUAUACCUAAGCGCUUCCACAUUUUUUUAAAAUAAUAACCCGUUGUAGUUGAAGCUGACAUGUUGCAGCAGUGGGAUGCAUCAAAAUAUAUAAAAAAAAAAAUUGCCCCAAUUAUUUUUCUCAUAUUAUAAUUAAAUUUGUUUUGCUUUUCAAUGAAAAGUAAAUUGUUUGAUAAGAGUUGUUAUUUUUAUUUUUUUAUUAUUUUUAUUUUUUUUUGUUAAAUCAUUUCUGUCACAAAAAAUUGGUGCAUUUCUAAUGGAAUCUCACCGCUCUGGAAUUAUUCUGAAAAUAAUUACCAGCUGACUUGAAGUUUUUUGGCAGAAAUGAAAAAAUGGAACAUUUCAUAUGUUUUAAAUAUUAGCAAAUUUUGCCCCAAAUAUAUUUCUCACAUUUUCAUUCAUUUUGUUUUGUUUUUCAAAGAAAACUUUUUGGUUACUAGUAUUUUGCACAUUUUUAUUAUAGUAGCACUUUGAAAUCUGGUAUAAAUUAUUCAAGCUGAUUUAUUUUUUUAUUUUUUUUAUUUUUUGCAGAAAUUAAACAAAUGAAAUAUUUCAUACAUGUGUUUUUUUUUUUUCCCCCACAGGGUUUAUUCAUUUUCCCACUUUUUUAACUUUUGCAUUUUUUUUGUGUGUAGUUUUUUCCUGCUUUUCAAAAAAAAAAUGUUUGGAAUAAAUACAUUUUUUGUCAUUAUUUUAUUUUAUUUAUUUAUUUAUUUAUUUUUUAUUUUUUUGCUUUUUUCCACCGAUUUAUUAAUUUAAUUUCACUUGCUGAGUAUGUGAUGCAUUCCUAGUGCCAUCCUUUUAAUUACCAUGCUGGAGUUCAGUGAACUCUUUAGCUCCACCCAUUUUUUUAAACUAAUGUUUGCCUUAAUUUUAUACACUUUUACUGUAUUGAUAAGGCUAAAUGAGACACCUAAAAUUAAUCAAAAGUCCAUAGUAUUGAGACCAAGGUUGUAUCUUAGUAGGCAUUGGCUCUGGGAGAUACUUAAGAUACUGCUAGCUUCCUGCCAUGUUGGUGUUACAGUAAUAUAAUCUAUUAGAGAUGUCAGCUGCUAAAAAACAACUUUUUUUUUUUUUUGGAGAAAAAAAAGAACCUGUCAGUCACUCUCAUUCCUGCUUUGUUACCCAGAGUUUAGCUAUUCAGGCUUAAACUCAGCUUCUCUGUCUGUCUAACUCUCCUCAGCCUGUCUAGCCUUCUAUUUUAGCGUAAAGAGGAACUUCCUCUUACAGCGUUUCUCCUUUGUCUGAGUGACUCACCUGUGAUAAGAGGCUCAUAGCUGUCUGGUGGUGAUAUGCUCCUGGCUGAGUUCCUUCAGAACCCGUCAGCAAAACCAGAAACCUGCAGGUGGAAACUGUAGAAUAUGCUAGCUAUUUACUAGCCAGCAUUGAAAAUUAGACUAUGUUUUUAGACUGACUGACCAAAUCAGAUUUUGGCAAAUUUAGUUUGUAUCAAGAAAGAAACCUCAUGAAGGCCAUAUUUUAGCAAUCUAUAAAACACAAGUCAAUUGCACCAUAUUUGGUAUCGCGAGGGUGCAAAAAAUGCGCCUUGCACAGCUUAAAACACGCAAAAGGCAUGUGCUAAUUCUCUUAAUUAAUCAUGGUUCUGGUUAAUGUUGGUCUUAACAUAAAAUAAACCAAUCAAUGUAUGAGUUGCCAUAUAUCUUUUUCUCUUAUCACAAUUAAAUAGAGGUAUUUUUGCCAUUUUCUUUCUGUGUGACUUGUUGCCUUCAUACUGUAUAGCAUCUGUUGUGCAAUUAAAACAAACAAACGAGGAGGAGGAGGAGGAGAAGGAUAGGAUGUCCUGAUUACAAAUAAAGAAACAAACACACUGAAAAAAAAACAGGAAAAAAGAAAGAAAGUUAGGAAAUAAAUUAUUAUAUAACCCCUAUAGUUUAGUUAACUAGUCGGAACCAAGUUUAGCCCUUUAAUUUAUGAGGUAACUCCUCGAUGUGCCCUUAUUUUUAUAAAGCAGCCACAUUGACCAUAAUGACUCUAUCUCUCUGCUGGCUGCUGUAUUGGAGCAAAAUUCACUUUAAAUGUUUAAAUACCCUGAAAAAGGUACAUUAUCUUAAAAAAGUAUUUGCAUGAGAAUCAAAUGUAUUAGACAGAAAAGAAUGAAUGGUUUUAGACAGUAUAUGCUUAACUCACUUUGAAUGUUUUUUUUUUUUUUUGUAAAAAAAAAAAAAAUAAAUAAUAAUAAUAAUAAAAAUGAAGGAUGAGCAGUCUUAUACAGUAUAUACACAUAUAAUUACGUAGGCUUAAUAUUAUUGAAAGAUCGGUUAUUAAAAAAAAAAAAGUGGUGCUCACAGAUUUUUGAGAGUUGCGAGUAGAGUGUAAGUAGUCUUGUUUGCCACGAGUGCAGCUGCAUUGUACAAAAAGUUGUAUAAACUAAACUAAACUAAACUAAGCGGUUUGGGCUCACUGUGCGGAAAUGCUGUUCGUUCUGAAGGUUUGAACAUUUCCUCAGUGCUACAGGAGGGCUGUACUUCCAUGCGACUGACGUUUUGCACAGUGCAUUAGUGCCAUCCACAGUGUUACAUGUAGUGCGGGUGUUCUUGAGUUUGUGUAGAUGUUGAUUUGGGAACAAAUGAAUGAAAUCGAAUGGCUUCACAAAGCUUUCAUAAGCUUUCACCUUCCUUUAGCCAAUGUAGAGUACUGUGUAAAGGUCAGAGACCAUUGUUCAUUUCUUUAACUGAAGGAUAUCCUGUUAAAAUAAGUACAUUAAGUACAAUUUAUUGAUUGUGGGUGGGGCUGCAAGAUAUAUCGUUCAACUUAAGGCAAGAAGUAGAUACACAGCACUGUCUCUUUGUCUGUGUGAGUGACUGGCUACUGCUGCCUGAGAAGUGCAAGGGGGAGGGCAAGGGAAGUCGAAAGCUGUGCAGUUCCAGUUACAGCUGAAUUUACGAUUUUAAUGCCCAAUUAAAGGGCCGAUUACUGUUGGUUUGCUGUUCUACUCGGGUUUUGAGUUGAGCUUGGCGCUGGCUCAGCUCUUGAUUGGUCAGCAAGCGAGACAGCACACGGAUGGGGGCGGUAAUCAAUAUGAAGCUUCCAUGUAAUGGAUUAUGUGACUGCAAGUUUAAAAAAAAAUGAAAGAAGGUCUCUGGUGUUUGCACUGUAAUUUACUGUGUAAUUGAAGUGAAUUUAAAACGCAAUGCUGUUAAAUGCUGAUGGUGAAAAUAAAUGAAUAAAUGAAAGAAUGAUCGAAUAAACAAAAAAACUUUUCUUUAUCA